AAUAUAUAGACGUUAGCCCCAAAACUUGUAUUUCUCUGCUUUCAAACCCAAAAAGCCAAAAAAAAAAACCAUUGAAGCAGCAGCCGAAGAAGCGGUCACAUUUUCCGGCUAAACGGACAGAUCGACCAGUGAAAGCUCCCAUCAUCAAAGGUUUCUACUCCUCUUCCUGCAGCAUUGUGAUUGUUUCGAGUUGUCGUCAUUGUUAAAAUGGCUAGUACUCUGAGGAACAUUCAUGGUAAGAGAUCUAAUCUCCAAUCUGAGUUAACUGGAAAUGGAGGAAGUAAGAGAAGAAAUCUUCAUGAUGAUACAGAUCAAAAUGUUAUUGGGUCAGAAGAAACUGUGUACCGCUACUUGUGCCCGGUGAAAAAGACCGGGAGCAUUAUCGGGAAGGGUGGCGACAUCGCUAAGCAGAUAAGGUCUGAGACUAAAUCAAACAUGAGGAUAAACGAGGCUUUACCCGGUUGCGAGGAGCGUGUUGUUACCAUAUAUUCCACUAAUGAGGAGUUGAAUCAUUUUGGAGAUGAUGGUGAACUUGUUUGUCCUGCUUUAGAUGCUCUUUUCAAGGUUCAUGACAUGGUUGUAGCGGACAUUGAUCAUGAUGAUGGUAAUGAUGAUGAUGAUCUUGGUGAAAAACAAACGGUUACUGUGAGGAUGCUUGUACCGUCUGACCAAAUUGGUUGCGUUAUCGGAAAAGGAGGGCAAGUCAUCCAGAAUCUGCGUAACGACACCAAUGCUCAGAUUCGUGUCAUCAAAGAUCAUCUACCUUCUUGUGCUUUGACUUUGAGUCAUGAUGAGCUUCUUCAGAUAAUUGGAGAGCCUUUGGUUGUUAGAGAAGCUCUUUAUCAAGUUGCUUCACUGCUUCAUGCUAAUCCGUCACGGUUUCAACACUUACUCCUGUCUUCUUCGAGUUCCAUGCAUCAACCUGGUGCAAUGUUAAUGUCUGCAGCGCUAACGAGCUCUCACAGAAACUACGCUGUGCGUAGAGAUAUAGCAGAUGCAAGGGAGUUUUGUGUUUGCUUCAUCUGUCCAGCUGAAAACGUUGGAGGUGUAAUUGGAAAAGGCGGUGGUUUCAUUAAUCAGAUCAGGCAAGAAACUGGUGCUACGAUUAGAGUCAAUACCUCAGAAACUGAUGAAGAUGAUUGCAUAAUUGUCAUAUCAUCAAAAGAGUUCUACGAAGAUCAAUCUCCAGCGGUUAAUGCAGCAAUACGCUUACAACAGCGAUGCAGUGAGAAAGUGGGUAAAGAUGCAAAUGAUUUAGCAAUCUCUACUCGUUUACUUGUAUCGAGUUCCCAAAUCGGGUGUCUCAUCGGAAAAGGUGGUGCGGUUAUAUCCGAGAUGAGGAGUGUAACAAGAGCAAAUAUCCGUAUUCUUCAGAAAGAAGACGUACCAAAAAUUGCACGUGAAGAUGAAGAGAUGGUUCAGAUUACAGGAAAUCCUGAUGCCGCUAUGAAAGCUCUUACGCAAGUAAUCUUGCGAUUAAGAGCUAACUCUUUUGACAUGGAUCAUGGACUUGUCUUGCUACCAACAUCUUUUCCGUAUAUCCCUCAAGUGACCGAAAAUUCGAGCAAAUCCAAAUACGCAAAACGCGAUGACCACAGCAGAAUGAAUUCGAAUUCUAAGAGAAGAAACUAUGUUUCUUAAAUCAAGAAAACCAAUCUUAGAGAGGAAGAUUGAGAGUGUUCAACAGUUUCAGGAACUUCAAUGUUGAUGCAAUUUUUAUACAAAAUGAUGUUACUUAUAGAGAGAAAAGAGUUGUUUAUGCAAUUCACAUAAGAAAUGUAAACAAGAGUGGGUGUGUUUUCAUCUUUUUUCUUUUAGUUUUCUACUUUGGUAUACUCUUUGAAUUUGCACAAGUGUUUUUUUAAUUUCUAUUUAUAGUAACCGACAUUUCAUUAUUCUAUUGUAUUACAUAAAAAUACCAAUAGGUUUCAAUA